AUGCCUCCUAAAGUUAAAACUGAGGUAGCCAAAGCUGUCAAGGAAACUGUCAAAAAGACGGUCAGAGCCAAAAAGGUUAAGAAGGUCGAGUUCAAGUAUGAAAGACUGACUACGAGCAAAUUCAAAUUUGGAGCUCACGUAGGUGCAUCUGGUGGAGUUUCAAAUUCCGUCAUCAAUGCCAGAAACCUUGGUGCUAACAGUUUUGCCUUGUUUUUGAAGUCUCCUAGGAAAUGGGUGAGUCCCCCCAUCUCUGCUGAAGAAAUUGACAAAUUCAAGCUGUUGUGCGAAGAACACGGAUAUGAUCCCAGAACCGACGUUUUACCUCAUGGAUCGUAUUUCAUUAACUUAGCCAAUCCAGACCCUGAAAAGGAGGAAAAAGCGUUUGACGGAUUUCUAGAUGAUUUGCACAGAUGUGAACAAUUGAACAUUGGAUUAUAUAACUUUCAUCCAGGCUCGAGUUUAGACGGGGACCAUAGGGAAGCUCUUGAGAGGUUGGCCAAAAACAUCAACAGGGCUAUUAAAGAAACAAGCUUUGUCAAAAUCGUGAUUGAAAAUAUGGCUGGCCACGGUAACUUGAUCGGAUCCAAUCUACAAGAUAUCAGAGACGUCAUAGACAUCGUAGAGGACAAGCUGAGAGUCGGAGUUUGCGUCGACACUUGCCACACAUUUGCUGCUGGGUACGAUAUUUCGACUGAGGAGAAGUUUGAAGCGUUCUGGAAGGAGUUUGACAACAUUGUGGGUGCCGAAUUCUUGAGUGCCAUCCAUUUGAAUGACUCCAAAGCUCCUUUGGGUGCCAACAGAGAUUUACACCAAUUCUUGGGACAAGGAUUUUUGGGCUUGGAAGCAUUCAGAGUCGUGGCUAACUCGCCCAGAUUGCACAAUAUUCCCAUCAUCUUGGAAACCCCCGUAGGUAACGACGAUAGUUACUAUGGAGAAGAGAUUAAACUCUUGGAACUAUUAGAGGAUAAAACCAUUGACGACACGGAGUUUGUAGAGAAGAAAGAAAAGCUCUCGAAGUUGGGAGCAAAAGAGAGAUCCGAGCAUGAGAAGAAGUUCGAGACCAAGAAGGCUAAGACGGCUAAGAAGACUGCUGGUGAUGAUAUCGCUUCGUUGGUUACAAAGAGACCCAAAAGGAAGUAG